AUGGCUCGGGAGGAGCUGGUGCGCGGGUUGCCGGCGGUUGGUCCGGUGGACCAGCUGUGCGAGGCGUGUCUCGCUGGCAAGCAAAAGCGGUCGCCGUUCCCCCAGCAGGGAGAGUACCGGGCGCGGCGUGUUCUGGAGCUGGUGCACAGCGAACUCUGUGGUCCGAUUGCGCCGGAAACGCCAAACGGCAGCAAGUAUUUCCUGCUGCUCGUGGAUGAUCGAAGCCGGUACAUGUGGGUGGCCAUGCUGCCUUCAAAGGACCGUGCUGCGGUGGCCAUCAAGGAGAUCAAGGCUCGCGCAGAAGGCGAGUCAGGACUGAAGUUGGGAGCGUUCCGUACUGAUCGGGGCGGCGAAUUCACCUCACAUGAGUUCGCGGAGUACUGCGCGGGAGAAGGUAUUCAUCGUGAACACACGGCGCCAUACAGCCCGCAGCAGAAUGGCAUCGUCGAGUGCAGGAACGGCACGGUGGUAGCAACCGCGAGGAGCAUGCUCAAGGCAAAGGGGCUGCCGGGCUGGUUUUGGGGUGAGGCAGUGGCAACUGCUGUAUACAUCCUGAACCGGUGUCCCACGAAGAGCGUGGACGGCAUGACGCCUUUCGAGGUAUGGCACGGGAAGAAGCCGGCGGUGCACCAUCUGAAGGUGUUCGGAUGCAUCGCCUACGUCCUGAACAUGACACCGCAUCUCAAGAAGCUGGAGGACCGCGGCCGCAAGAUGAUCUUCAUCGGCUACGAGUACGGAUCAAAGGCCUACCGAGCCUACGAUCCCACCGCAAGGCGUGUCCAUGUGACACGAGACGUGGUGUUCGACGAGAAUGCCCAGUGGGACUGGGGCAGUGGCGCGGAGCAAGGGGAUGUGGGCAGCCACGACGAUAUGUUCACAUUGGAGUAUGCCGUCGGGAACCAGGUACCUCCAGAGCUCGAUGGCGCCAUCGAGGUACUUGAUGAUGAUGCGCCGGGACCGGAGCCGAUGUCGCCACCGUCUGUGCACUACAGUGGGGGAGCAGCGUCGAUUGAAGAUGGAGGAGAGGAGGUGGAGUUCACCUCUCCACCGAGUGUCCACAUUGACCACCUGGAUGCUAAUCACGAUGAUGCGCCACUCCGGUUCCGCAAGAUCGACAACAUCGUUGGGCUGGCCUCGCCACGUGGUCUCGCGUCGCGGGUGUUAAUUGCAAAGGAGCUGCACGCUGUAAGUUCUGAUGAGCCGGUCUCUUUUGUUGAAGCAGAGGGCCACCCGAGCUGGAGGAAGGCAAUGGAGGAGGAGAUGGCGUCGAUCGAGGAAAACCGCACCUGGUCCCUGGUAGACCUCCCACAUGGUCGCCGGGCGAUCGGGUUGAAGUGGGUGUACAAGGUGAAGCGGGAUGAAAACGGAGCCGUGGCGAAGUACAAGGCGCGCCUGGUGGUAAAGGGCUAUGCGCAACGCCAAGGGAUCGACUACGACGAGGUGUUCGCACCUGUGGCGCAGCUGGACACAGUGCGCCUUCUCAUUGCUCUCGCGGCGCACGAGGGGUGGGAGGUGCACCACAUGGAUGUCAAGUUGGCGUUCUUGAAUGGCGAUCUCAAGGAAGAGGUGUACGUGGAGCAGCCGGCCGGUUUCAUCAGCACGGGCAACGAGCACAAGGUACUUAAGCUGAAGAAGGCACUCUACGGCUUACAUCAGGCGCCUAGGGCCUGGAACGCGAAGUUGGACGAAACGUUGCUGUCGUUCAGAUUCAGGAGGAGUCCCUCGGAACAUGCCAUCUACACCAAGUGGAAUGGGGAGGCGCAGCUAGUGGUCGGGGUGUACGUCGAUGACCUGGUGAUCAUCGGCGCCAGCUGCGACGACAUCAAGUAUUUCAAAAAAGAGAUGGCUGACGUAUUCAAGAUGAGCGACCUCGGCCUGCUUCGCUACUAUCUUGGCAUUGAAGUCAGGCAGAGUGCGAGGGGCACCUUGAUCAGCCAAGGAGCCUAUGCCGCCAAGAUUCUAGAGAGGAGCGGGAUGGCAGGGUGCAAUCCUUGUCAAGUACUAAUGGCAACACGUCUGAAACUGAGCAAGAUGAGCACGGAGCCGCUGGUGGAUGCGACAGUAUAGAGAAGCAUCGUGGGGAGUCUCAGGUACUUAGUCAAUACUCGUCCAGAUUUGGCAUUUGCGGUUGGCUAUGUGAGUCGUUUUCUAGAGGAGCCACGAAAGGAUCACUUGGCUGCUGUGAAGCAAAUUCUCCGCUAUGUGGCGGGAACCAAGAGUUGGGGUCUCAGGUAUGAAAGGAAAAAGGAGAAGCAAGUCCAGCUGACAGGGUUCAGCGAUAGUGACUUCGCUGGUGAUGUUGAUGCUCGGAAGAGCACGACUGGAGUUAUUUUCUUCUUGGCCAACAGCCCAAUUACUUGGCAGUCAAUGAAACAGAAGGUGGUGGCUCAGUCUAGCUGCGAGGCAGAGUAUAUUGCGGCCGCCAAUGCUGCCUGUCAGGGUGUGUGGCUCGCUCGGGUGUUAGCAGAGGUGCAUGGCUCAGCACCAAGCGUGCCGAUGCUGAAGGUGGACAACAAGUCUGCCAUAGCGUUGAUCAAGAACUCAGUUCUCCAUGGACAUAGCAAACACAUUGAAGUGAAGUAUCAUCUUGUCCGAGAAUCCGCAGAAAAGGGUCAGAUCAACGUAGAGUUCAUCAGGAGUGAAGAACAGUUAGGAGACGUUCUGACGAAGCCACUCGGAAAAGUCAAGUUCCAUGAGUUUCGCGCCAAGAUUGGGCUCGUUGAUGUUCGUGGUAAGUAUAGCAAGGCUCAGGAGGAGAUUGUCGUGAACGGGGAGCCUUGCAUGUCUUCCACGUCGUUUCGCGUAACGGCAUAA